CGCCACUGAGUCAAAUUUAGGCGUUUAAUUUGUUAUCGAUAGGUUUUAUGUUUUUAUCUAUUUGGUCAUUUUAGUAAACGAUCUGGCAGCACUUAGAGUCCAAGUUGUUGUUGCGAAGUAAUCACAAAACUGUGAUGUUUCGUUUUAAUUUUCGUUAAACAAAUGCAUAAGGUCAGCUUAUUCAGCCAACUGAAGAUAUAAAAACAACGAAGAUGAGUUCGCGCAGAACGAGAAGUGGUCCUAUACUCAAUUUUAAGGCAGUGCUUCUGGGCGAAGGAUGCGUGGGCAAGACAUCGCUGGUUCUGCGUUACAUGGAGGAUAAAUUCAAUAGCCAACAUUUGAGCACCCUGCAAGCAUCGUUUGUGACCAAAAAGAUAACCCUGCCGGAUGAGAGAAGGGCUCAGUUAAACAUUUGGGACACAGCCGGCCAGGAAAGAUUCCAUGCCCUGGGCCCAAUCUACUAUCGCGGAUCGGAUGGUGCUCUGCUCGUGUACGAUAUCACCGAUCAGGACUCAUUCCAGAAGGUUAAAUCCUGGGUCCGUGAACUAAAACAGAUGCUGGGCAGCGACAUAACCCUGAUUAUAGUCGGAAAUAAGACUGAUCUGGAGGACCAGCGUGCCAUUGACUAUGAGUCAGCAGUGCAAUACGCUCGCACUGUGGGCGCCCAGUAUGUGGAGACAUCGGCCAAGGAGAAUGAGGGCGUUACCGAGCUCUUCGAGCUGCUCACCCAAUUGAUGCUGGAUCAGCGGCAACAGCAAUCUCCACUGACAGCAGCAACUGCAGCCGGCGGCGGUGCACACAAUCAUUCGGAUGCCAUUAAUGUGGCUGAUGAUCUAGAUGUGGAUCGUUUGGAUGAUGGCCAAGAAGGUAAUAAUGAAUCGCAUCGCUCCUGCUGUGGCAUCUAAGAGGCUGAAUUCAGGGCUCAGUAGCCAACAGCCGUCCAUUGUGAUAAUUAUCUAAAAUAAUAAUAUAUAUAGAAGAUAUGUACCCAACUGUAUAUAUAUAUAUAUAUCUACAUAUAUAUAUCCACAUGUUUAUAUAUGUACAACUCUAUCCACGAUAACUAUAUACAUAUAUAUGUCAGCCAGAACGGAUUUCUGUUAUCCCAAACUUAAUCCUAACAUAUGAUUUUUAUAUAUACAUACAUUUUUUUUUUGUUAUGGACUAAUCUAUUGUCAUUUGACGAUAUGGAUUUGUCUAGCACCUUGUUCCUUUUUCACAAUUUCUUUGUUAAAUCUGUUUAAUACAAACAAUCAAUUAUAAUACUUAUAUACAUACAUACAAACAUAUAUACAAACAAAUAUGUUGCCUCUUUGUAUGCGUCAUCCUUAUGAAUUUGUCAAUUUUUGCUCCACAUUAUGUCGUAUCUUUGGACAUUGUACGUAUGUUUAUAUAUACAUAUAUAUAUGAUAUGUGUAGCUGAAUGAUAAGAACUUUUGCUGGCGAUAGAGGUAGACUGCAGAAAGUCAAAAUAUCAAGUGUAAAACGAGAAUAAGAAAGUAAAAGAGAAAGAGAGAGAAUAGCAAUAUUUAAAGAUACCAAAUGACAAUUUUGACUUUAAUUUGCUCUUUAUAAAUAUAUAUCAUGAAAUCUAUAUACAUAUAUUAAAUGUAUCAUCUGUUUAGUAAAAGGUUAUUUAUUUCUUUAAAUGGCAUUGAAGUUUGUUUACCAGGAAUAAAUUAAUAAUAUAUUCUCUUCAA